AUGGUCCUGGCUUCCCAGUUGGUCUCCUUCACCUACAUCUGGAUCACGUUGAUGCCAAGUGCUUUUGCUGCUUCUGACAUCAAGAAGUUACACCAGCGGUGCUCCUCACCAAGGAAACAACCCCGCAAACAAGAACCUAGAAUGAGGAAAGGUGAUAGUACCAAAGUGUGUCCCCUGAAAUAUGAGCAACUUCUCCAUAUAGAGGACCACGAUUUUACAAUGAGACCUGGAUUUGGAGGGUCCCCAGUGCCAGUAGGUGUAGAUGUUCACAUUGAAAGCAUUGACAGCAUUUCAGAGGUUAAUAUGGACUUUACAAUGACUUUUUAUCUCAGGCACUACUGGAAAGACGAGAGGCUCUCCUUUCCUAGCACAACAAACAAAAGCAUGACGUUUGAUCACAGACUGAUCAAAAAGAUUUGGAUGCCUGAUAUCUUUUUUGUCCAUUCUAAGAGAUCCUUCAUCCAUGAUACAACCAUGGAGAACAUCAUGCUGCGAGUACACCCCGAUGGAAACGUCCUCCUCAGUGUCAGGAUAACAGUUUCAGCCAUGUGCUUUAUGGAUUUCAGCAAGUUUCCUCUUGACACUCAAAGUUGUUCUCUUGAACUGGAAAGCUAUGCCUACAAUGAGGAGGAUCUAAUUCUAUAUUGGAAACACGGAAACAAGUCCUUAAAUACUGAAGAACAUAUUUCCCUCUCUCAGUUCUUUGUUGAGGACUUCAGUGCAUCCAGUGGAUUAGCUUUCUAUAGCAGCACAGGCUGGUACAAUAGGCUUUUCAUCAACUUUGUACUAAGGAGGCAUAUUUUCUUCUUUGUGCUACAAACCUAUUUUCCGGCCAUGUUGAUGGUGAUGCUUUCAUGGGUUUCAUUUUGGAUCGACCGAAGAGCAGUUCCUGCAAGAGUUUCCUUGGGAAUGACCACCGUGCUGACCAUGUCCACGAUCAUCACUGGCAUGAGUGCCUCUAUGCCGCAGGUGUCGUACGUGAAGGCCGUGGACGUGUACUUGUGGGUCAGCUCCCUCUUUGUGCUGCUGUCAGUCAUUGAGUAUGCAGCUGUGAAUUACCUCACCACAGUGGAAGAGCAGAAACAAUUCAAGAAGACAGAGAAGAUUUCUGGGAUGUACAACAUUGAUACAGUUCAAACUAUGGCCUUUGAUGGUUGUUACUAUGACUCUGAGACUGACAUGGACCAGACUUCCUUUUCUCUACACUCAGAAGACUCCAUAAGAGGAAGAUCCACAGGCAGACCCAGCACAGAUUCAUCUCAAAUAAAGAGAAGAAAAUCUCUAGGAGGACAAGUUGGUAGAAUAGUUCUGGAAAACAACCAUGUCAUUGACACCUAUUCUAGGAUUUUAUUUCCCAUUGUAUAUAUUGUAUUUAAUUUGUUUUACUGGGGUGUAUAUGUAUGA